AGAUAGAUUUUAGUUCUGGCAAAAUCAAAAACAAAAGAUUACCGUAACACUUUGUACUUUCCAGUGUUAUUUUGAUCGACGCCGGGUCCGGAUCCGGGUCUGCUUACGGGUCAGGGUCGAUACAGACAUGUAAGUAGGGGUUACGCAAUCAGGAAAAAGGGGGUUUUAAGUAAGUGUUUGAGAGAAAGACGAAUAGGGUUUAGUGAGGGGUUUGAAAGAGAGAGAACUAGGGGUUUAGAAGGAUGAGGGAUAUAGAGUCGUUGCGUUUAAAUCAAACUCAGAAGCUCAGGUUUGAAAAAGCUCUGGAGCAAUUAGAUUUUUUGUCCGCCGCUGCUAAUUCUAAUGCCUGUGUCGCUGUUGCUGAUACUAUUCUCGUUGAUCACCAAGACGGCCUUCUCAAAGGCCAUGGAACAACUGAUUUUGACGGUGAAUUGGUUGCAACUGUUUGUGGAGUGGUCGAACGUGUAAACAAGCUUGUCUAUGUGCGCACUCUGAGGGCCAGGUACAAGCCUGAGACUGGGGAUAUUAUUGUCGGCAGAGUAAUAGAGGUUGCCCCUAAACGCUGGAGAUUGGAGAUAAACUUUACCCAAGAUGCAGUUUUGAUGCUUUCUUCCAUUACCACGGGCGAAGAUAUCCAGAGGAGGCAAACAGCAGAUGAUGAGCUCAACAUGCGCAGCAUAUUUGUGGAGAAUGAUGUAGUUUGCGCUGAAGUCCGUGGUGUCCAGCAUGAUGGAAGUUUACACUUACAAGCAAGAAGUCAGAAAUAUGGCAAGCUGGAGAGAGGCCAACUGCUUACUGUUCCUCCAUACUUGGUGAAGAGGCGAAAACAGCAUUAUCACUACCUAGAGCAGUUGGGUAUUGACCUGAUAUUAGGUUGUAAUGGUUUUAUAUGGGUUGGUGAACAUAUUGACACCAAGGAUGAUAUGGUGGAGGAUCAGGUAGCCAAGUCUGAGCAGCAGAAUGAAAAUCCCGGGGACAAUUUUAGUAAAGAAACUUACACUUCUGUGGAAAUCAGGCAGAACAUCUGUAGAGCUGCAAAUGCUGUCCGAGUGCUAUGUGCUCUAGGUUUCAAUAUCACCGCAGAUGUGAUUAUUGAGACAGUGAAGCUGAGCAACUCAGUAGAUAUUCAUGAAAUGCUAGGUCCGGAAUUCUACGUGUUAGUAGCUGAGAGUGAGGUUGAGCGUAGAAGAUCAUCCAAAAGAAUAUGAUGAUCGUCUGUAUUCUUCCUAAUGCAUGUAAUGAACAGAUUCCCGUUCUCAUGAUUGUGUAGCAUGCUAUCGGACUUAAGGAUAUAAUGUUAUUUUAGUUUUUUUUUAUAUAUACUAACUUUGCCGGUGGAUCA